AUGGCGGAAGCAAGGCUGAGGGCGGCGUUUGCGGUGCUCGGAUGUGUAACCACCGCCACCAUCACCUACACCGUCGUCACUCAUGGUUUCCACAAAGAAAUCUACUCCCCGUGGUUCACAUCAUCCUUGAUUGAUUUCUAUAUCAAUACCAUAGCCAUAGGGAUGUGGAUAAUCUACAAGGAAUCUAGCUGGAUUUCUUCACUUAUUUGGAUGCUUUUGCUUAUAUGGUUUGGAAGCAUCGCCACAUGUUUGUACGUCGUUUUGCAGCUCAGUAAGCUCACUCCUCAUGAAUCACACUCAGAUCCUAUACACUUUGUUUUGCUCAAAAGUCCUUCUACGGAGGAAGUGGAGUCGAAUAAGAGUAUACUCUCUGUUGUAGGUGCGAGGUUUCUCUUCCUCGGCCUGGGAUGUCUCAUGCUAGCUACAUUGGUUUGCACCAUUGCAAUAGGUGGCUCGCCAUUUCAUCAAGAGAUCUAUACUCCGUGGAUGUGUGCGAUUCUCGUUGAUUUCUACGUUAAUGUGGUUCCUUCAUCGGUUUGGGUGGUUUAUAAGGAGUCUAGCUGGACAAGAUCAGCAUUAUGGAUAAUUAUGUUGAUAUGCUUCGGAAGUGCUGGCACGAGCGCUUAUGUUGCCCUACAACUCUUUCGUAUGUCACCUCAAGACCCUGUGCACCUCGUUCUCUUGAACGAAGACAGCAGGCAAGUUCAUGAAUAUCGUAUAUUUCGUGUUUUACUAGGAUUCAUUAGCCUACUGGCAGUAAACGACGGCUAUGAAGGAACUCUACACAAGGACAAGCUUGUUUGUUGA